CGCCGCCGCCGGGCCAGCCAUCACCGCCGCCGCCACCACACGCCCACCGUCAGGUCAGGGCUGUGGCCGUCAGUACACGUCAGCCAUGGCCGCCGUCAGCCGUCGCCACACAGUCAGCCACGGUCAGCCAGGCCGCUCGCUGGGGUCAAGCCAGUCGCUUUCCUUCCAGCCAGUCACGCCAAACACAGCCGCCGCUCACCGCCGCAUCAGCCGCCCGUCGUCACACUGUACGCGUCACACACCAGCCAGAAUACCGUCACCACAAUGUCGCUCAGAUUACCGGUCAGUCAUCACAGUCGUCAUCAACAAAUACCGCCACCGCCGCCGCCGUCACCAUCAAUACGUCACCACAAUACCACGCCGUCAGCGGCCGCCGCCGUCACGCCGCCCGGCAGGUCACGUCAGGUCAGGUCAUCAACAUCGUCAACGCACCAGCACACAAUACCGUCACCAUCAGAAUAGCCAGUCACCGUCACCAGUCACUGGUCACCACCACAUAAUAGCCGCGCGUCACACACGUCACACACACGCCGCCGCCGCGCGCGCUGCCACGCCGUACGCGCCGCCGUCAACAUGGCCGCCACACCGCCACAAUACCGCCACGCCACACGCCGCCAGGUCGCCCGGCCAGGCCGUCACUGUAGGGGAAGUUAGCUGCCGCCACACACACAAUAUUUGCGUCAUAAUGCGUUAUUGCAUGUAUAGCUCAGCCGUGGCGCCGCCCGCCGUCAGCCGCCGCCGCCGUCACCACCACGUCACGCCGCCGCGCCGCCACGUACGCCAACACAACACGUACCACACGUCACAAUACUGGGGCACACCGCCACCAAAGGCCACAAUACCGCCGCCGUCACACCGCCGUCGCCCGCCGCCGCCGCCCAGCCGCCCGCCACGUACCGGUACUCUGUACGCCACCGUCAGCCACCGGCCAUCAGGCUUCACACAACAACAACAAAAUAAACACACACGAAGGUUUUCGUACCGUCAGUCACGCCGUACGCGUCACCGUCACGCCCACCGCCGCCACAAUUACCAGUCACGCCGGUGUCAUACGCCGUCGUCAUCAGGCCGUCACCGCGCCGACAGCGCCGCCAGCCGCCGCCCGCCGCGGUCACGCCCGCCGUACAACGUCAGUCACCACCGCCGCCGCCGCCACAACAACACGUCGGGGCCGUCAGUCACCGCCACCGUCACCGUACGCACCGUCACGUCAUCAGCGUCACACACACAAGCCGCCACCGCCGUCAGCGCCACGCCAGGCCGCCGCCGCCGCCUUCCGUCAAAUAGCCGUCACCGUCACCGUACCGCCGCCGUCACGCCACAAUACCAACACACGUCAUUGUCAUUCUCGUACCGCUCGCCAGUCAACAACGCCACACAACAACAAUACCACAACACACCAGUCACCACACACGCCCACCACACAGAAGGUCAUCACCGCCGCUGGCCAAUAGUCGGGGCCGCCGCCAGCCGCUGCCGCCGGCGUCAUCGCCGCUACCGCACCACGCCGCCCGCGCCGCCGUCGCGCGCGCGUCACCGCCGCCGCCGCAGCGCUCGCCGCCGCCAGCCGUCAGUCAGCCGCCGCCGGCCGCCGCCGCGUCACCGCCACGUCAGGCGCCAGUCGCCCGCCGCCGCCACGCCGUAAUGCCGCCACGCCACACGUCACCGCUUCACGCGCGCUGCCACGCGCGCCGCUGCCAGCCAGCCGCCGCCGCGCAGCGCCAGUCGCCAUACCACACACAAUGCCGUCAUACGUCGCCGCAGACGCACAACAACGUCAGCCGCUACGCCACACAACAGCCGCCACAUGCUGCUGCGCGUCGCUGCCGCGAGCGUCAGGCCGUCAGCCGCCAGCCACGCCGCCGCGGUCAGGCCACCGUAUCAACUCACGCCGUCAGCACACAGAAGGCGUACGCCGCCGCCGUCACCGUCAGGCCGUAACCAACAGCAUUGGCGAACACGCCCGUCACGGUACCGGCCGCCGUCAUCGGUCAUCACACAGCCGCCGCCGCCAGCCGCCGCCGGCAGCCACGUCAGCUUUCGCCAACCGCACGCCACCGUACGCCGCCAGCCGCCGCAGCCGGCCAACAGCCAUCACACAAGCAACAAUAAACACACACAAUACGAUAACAGCCGUCAUUGGGGCCGUCAGGGCGGUAACAAUGUCAAUAUCCGCCAGUCACGCCACGGUCAACACAAUAAAUACCGCCGCUGCAUAGCGUCAGCCGCCAGCCAUCAGGUCAGCGUUGCCAGCCACGCCACAGUCAGCCGCCGCCGCCACGGUCAUGCGCCGUCGUCAGCAUUACCGCGUCAGGGCUGCCGUUGCCAGGUCAGCCCGCCGCCACAACCGGUCACGCCACCACGGCAGUCAUCACCGGCCGUCAGCGUUACCGCCGCGCGUUGCCGCCGCCACAUCAGGGCCGUACCGCCACCGUCACCGCCGCCGCCGUCACACACGCCGUCAGCCGUCAUGGUCAAUACCGCCGCCAGCCGUCAUACCGUCAGCAACAAUGCCGUACCGCUGCCACCGCCACGUCAGGUCAAAAUAGCCGCCGCUGCCGCCGCCGCCUGCAGCCACCGUCACAUUGCGCAAACAAUAAUCAGGCUGUACGGCCUGUGGUCAGCCACGCCGCCGCCAACAGCCGCCGUACGCCACCAGGUCAUCCAGCCACCACCGCCGUCAACGUCACAGCCAGCGUCACGUCAACACACCAACAACAACAAUACCGCCGUGCCGCCCGCGCCGGCCUUCCUCAGCCGCCCGCCACCACGCCGCCGCCGCCGCCACGUCAGUCGCUGCCGCCGCCAGUGUCGGUCAGGAAGUCAGCCGUCACGCACCGCCGCCGCCACCACCACGGUCACGCACCACCGCGUCAAGAACCGCCGGCCUUAAGCCGCCCGCCGCCAGUCAACAACAGCUGUCGGCAAUAAAGCGCGUUGCCGCGCCGUCACACACACACCGCAUACGCCUCCCGCCGCCACACGCGCCGCCGUCACGCCGCGCGCCGCCGCCGCCGCCUUCACGCCGCCGCGUCAACAGUAUUGUCACGCCACAUCACCGGGCAACGCCACCACCACGCCGCGCCGCUGCCGUAACAACAACGCUGGCUGUGGGGGUCAGCCGUCACCGUACGGUGGCAUCCGCCCGCCGCCACCAACCGCCAGCCACGCCGCCGCCGGGGUAUUAACAGCCCCGCCGCCGCAGCCGCAGCCGCCGCCGCCGCCGCCGCAGCCGCCGCCGCCGCCGCCGCCGCCGCCGCCGCCGCCGCCGCCACACCGCCGCCGCCGGCACCGCCGCCGCUGCCGCCGCUACCGCCGUCACGCGCUGCCGCCGCCGCCGCCGGCUGCCGCCGUCAGGCUGCGUCACGCGUUAAUACCACGCCCACCGCCCGCCGCGCCGCCGCCGCCGGCCGUCACCGCCGCCAUGCCGUCGCGGGCUCGUCACAAUACACGUCAGGCCGCCGCCACCGCCGCCGCACACGUCACAGUUGCCGUCACCGUCGCCGCCUUCACCGCCGCGCCGCCACGCACCGCCGGCCGCUCACACGUCACGCCGGCCGCACACGCUAGGCCGGCCGCCGCCGUCAUAACUACGUCACGCCGCCACGCCACGCCAAUGCCGCUGGCGUUGUUAAUAGUGCCAACAACAGCCGCCGCCGGCUCAGCACGUCACCGCCGCCGCCGCCGCCACACACAACGCCGCCGCGUCACGUCGACAAGAAUACCAACGUCACGUACGUCACCACACGCCUUCAGUAAUACCACGUCGCCUCAGCGCCCGCCGUCACCGCCGCCGCCACACGCCACGUCACGUACACCGCCGCCGCCGCCGCCGCCGCCUUCGCCGCCGCAGCCGUCAGCCGCUGGGCUGCAGCCGCCGCUGGCCGUCGGUCACCCGUCAUUGCCGCCGUACCGCCGACACCAACACUAAUACCGGCCAGUCAUCGUCGCCGUACAUUGCUGGCCGCCGCCAGUCACGUCACCGUCAACCGUCACGCAGGCCGCCGCCGUCACCGCAUCAAUACCGUCGGAAAUAAGCGUCAACACCAUACCAGGCCGCCGCCGCGCCACGCCGCCGCCACCACGCCGCCUUUCGCCGCCACAGGGAAGCCCGCCGCUCGCCGGGGCCGGCCCGGGCCGCGGCAGCACGCCGCCGCCGCCGUCGCCACACACACACAACAGCCGCCGUCACGCCGCCGCCGCCGGGCCACGCAGCCCGCGGGAGGGCCGUCGCAUGCAAUGCCGCCGCCGCAAUACCGCCACCGCCCGCCGUACGCCGCCGCCGGUCCGCCACCGCCGUCACCGCCGCCACCGCCGCCACCGCCGGCCAGCGUACCGCGGUCAGCGUACCGGCCGUCACGCCGCUCGCACACACACAGGCCAGCCGUCGCGCCGCCUACCGCCUGCCGCCGCCGCUCAGCCGCCGCCGCCGUCAACACGCCACAUACCGCCACAGGCCGGGGCCAGGCCGCCGCCGCCGCCGCCGCCGCCGGCGGUUACGCCGCCACCAGCCGCCAGUUACCGCCACCAGGCCGCAACACGCCGCCAGAGUCAACCGCCGCCGUCACCGCCGCGCCAGUCAGGCCGUCCGCCGCCGUCACCAGCGAUCGCGCCGUCCAGCCGCGCCGCCGCCGCCACGUAAUACUGUCCGCCGCCACCGGUCAAUACGCCGGGGUCACCACGUCCGUCAAGUCAGUCGGGGCCGCCAGUCAGCGUCACGCCGUCCAGCCGCCAUGUCAGCCGCCGCCACCACGCCGUCACAACAACAAAUACCAGCACGCUGUCACUAUUGCAACACCGGGGCCGGUCAUGCCGCGUCACCGCAUCAGCCGCCGCUAAUAGGCCGAUAGGGCCGACAUAUAAGCACACAACAACACCAUAUAUAUCAGCGGGGAGGCCGCCGCUCGCCGCCGUCAGUCAUCAGCCGUAAGGCCGCCGCUGCCGUGCUGUCAACAACAAGGCCACGUCAGGGAAGGCUGCCGCCACGUCACCGGCCGCAACACGCCGUCUGCCGCGCCGUCACCGUCACCGCCGCCGCCGCCGCGCCGCCGCCGCCAUCGCCGCCGGCCGCCGUCAGGCCGCCGUUUCGCCGCCGUACCGCCGCCGUCAGCCGCCGCCUGCCAGCCGCCGCGGCGCGUCCGUCAGCCACGCUGCCACACACACAGCAGAAUACAACAGUCAUCGCCGCCGCGUCACCGUCAGUCAGCCACGCCGCCGGCCACCACCACCGUCAGCUCGCCGCAGCGUCACGUCACACAAGGCUUCGUCACGGCCGUCAAUACCGGUCAGCCUCAAUAACGUCAUCACGUCAAACGUUCGCUGCCGUCCAGGUCAUGCCCAGCCACAUACAGCCGCGUCAGCAACACCGUUAACCAAUACCGCCGGCUCACUACCGUCACCAGCCGUCAGCGUCAAUAACAUAAUGUAAACAAAUGGGACCAAUGUUUGCCAUCAUCACCAACAGCCGUCAAGUCAGUCCGCCAGGCCGCCGUCACGCGCGCGCGUCAGGGGCCACAGCCGUCACUACGCCCGCCUGGCUGCGCGCAGCUACCGCGCCGCCGCCGUCAUUGCGCGGAACAGCGCCUGCCGCACAUGCUAGGCCGCCGCUCGCCGCCAGCCGCCACCGCACCACUGCCGCUGCUGCCACGCCAGCCACGCCGUUGCCGCCAGUCCGCCAACACAGCCGCCGCUGGCUGGCUGCCAGGGCCCGCCGCCGAAGCUGGCCGCCCGCCGCCGCCACCGCCCGCUCGGCCUUCGCCGCCGCCACCAAUAAUACCGUCACACAGGGUCAACGCCGCACACACCACAACACACCGUCACCAGCCAGGCCAGGCUCAGCUUACCAGCCAGUCAUUGCCGCCACAGGUCACACACACAUUGCCGCCAGCUACCGGCUGUCACCGCCGCCUGCUGCCAGGCCGCCCAACAGUCAGCCGCCGUGGCAUCCACGUCACCGCCGCCGCCGUCAUCGAACAACAGCGUCGCCGGCCGCCGUCAUCGCCGCCGCCGCCUGUCACAACACUAUGCCGCCGCUGCCAGCCACUGGCCACGCAUUAUCGCCGCGUCAACAGGGUCAGUGUCGCCGCCGUCAUCACGCGUCAGCCACCAGCCGCCGCCACGCCGCAGGCCGCGGUCGUCAGCCGGGGCCGUCACGCCGCCGUCACGCCGAUACCACAACACACACACACGCCCGCCGCUGCGUCAGGCCGUAACAGGCCGGGUUACCGCCGCCAAAGCCGCCGACAGUCGCGUUACGCCACAAUAUGUCGCCACGCCAGGUCACGCCGGCUUCGCCGCGCCGCCGUGGCCCAACCGCCAACAUUGGCCGGCAGGUCACACAAUGGUCAGGUCAGCCGGUCAGUCAACAAUACCGCCAUCGUCACACACACAAGGCUGGCCACCAGCUGCCGCCGGGGCCGCCCGCUUCGCUGCUGCCGGCGCGUCACCGGGCCAAAUCGUCAGUCAGCCGUCAUUACCGCCAGCCAUACCGCCGCCGGCGCGCGCCGGGGCCAGUCGUCACCGCCAGUCACCGUCCCGUCAUCAAUGUCAGCGCCAAAAUGGCCGCCUCGCAGCGCCACCCACCGCACGUCACACACACGCCAGCGCCGCAAUACGCCAUCACCGGCAGCCGCCGUCAGGCGCAGCAAUACGUUGCCAUACCGCUGGGCGCCGCCGCCGCCGCUCACACAACACAUCACUGCGCCGUCACCGCCAGGCCGCACAGUCGCCGCCGCCGCAGGCGCCAGCGUCAGCCGCCGCCACAAUGCCGCAGUCACGCGUUGCCGCGCCGCCGCCACCGCCGUCACACAAUACACACGCGCCGCCGCCGCCCGCCGCCAGCCGUCGCCACGCCCGGGCUGCGCAGGCUGCCUGGCCGCCGCCAACAGCCGCCGCCGCCGCCGCCGCCACGCCGCCGCCGCGGGGCCGUCGGCCAGCCGCCAGUCACGUCAACGUCACCCGUCGGCCGUCACCCGUACAAUCGCCGCCGCUGCUACCGCCGCGCCACACCGCCAACAUCACGUCCCAGCCGCCAGCCAGCGCCACCGCCCGCCGGCCGCCGCCGCGGUCGCCGCCGCCGUCAGGGCCGUCAACGCCAUCAGCCUCGUACCGCGCUGCACCGCCAACGCCCGGUCCGCUGCGUUGUACGGGGGGGUGUACCGCCGCACGCCACAACAGAAGGCGCCGCCGCCGCAUCAGGCCGCCGUCACGCGCCGUCCGUCACGCCGCCCGCCGUCGGAAUGCCGCCGGCCGCCGUCACCGGCCGCCGGAAGGCUCGCGCCAGUCACCGUCACGCCGCCGCCGCCGCCACCGCCGCGGCCGCGUACCACAGUCAGUCACCAGGCGGCCGCCGCCAUUGCCGCCACGCAAUCAGGCCGCCGCCGGCCGCCGCGUCAGCCGCCGUGUCAACAGCGCGCCACGUCAGGCCACGCCGCCGUCAGCCAGCGUCACCGUCAGCCACAGUCACGCCAUUGUAAUUGCGCCGCCGCCGCCGGGCACCGCCCGCCGCCGCUGCCGCCGCCGCCGCCACGUCAGCCGCCGCCGCCGGUCAGCCGCCAGCCGUCACCGUCAGCGCACAAGCCCGCCACCGCCACAAUCACGCGCGCCGCACACAAUGCGCUGCCAGCUGCACGUCAUUGCAGCCGCCGCGCCAGCCGCCGCCGCCGCCGUCAGGCACGCCACUGCCGCCGCCGCCGCUGGCCGUCAUUACCGCCGCCGCCGUCACGCCGCAGCCGCCGCCGCCCGCCGCCGGCUGCCGCACACCGGCCAGCCACGCCGCCGGCUACGUCACCGCUGCCGCCGGUACGCUACCGCUGCCAGUUGCAGUCGCAAAGCCAGCCACAGGUACGCCGGGCGCUGCAGCGCGGCCGCUGUAUCACAUGCCGCCACGCGGCGCGCCGCCGCCACCGCCUCGCAUGGCCAGCCUGGCCGGCUCGCCGCCACGCCGCCCGCGGCGUCACCGCCGCCGUUACCGCCGCCGCUGACGCCACAGGCCGUUGCCGUACGCCGCCGGCCACGCCAACAGGUACGCGUUCGCCGCUGCCGUCAGCCGUCAACAACAAGGCCGUCAGCUGCGCUUCAGCCGCCGCCGCCGCCGUGGAAGGUCACCACGCCGCCGUCACCGCCACGCGUCACCGCCACGCCACAAGGCUGCCAGGCACACAAGGGCCACAAUACAGGCGGGCGAAGGCGGCGCCACCAGCGCUGGCUGCUGCUUCGUCAGCUGCCGCCGCCGCGUUGUUAUCAAGCGUUGCUGCCAGCGGCGCGCGCCGCCGCCGCCGCCGCGCCGCCGCCGCCACGCCGCUGCCAGCGCAGGCGCCGCCGCGCCGCCGCUGCCGUGCCGCCGCUUGCGUUUCGCCGUCACGGCCGCGUCAGGCCGCCGCCGCUGCCGCUUUCUUCGCCAGUCAGGCCAGCGCUGUUGCCGCCGCCGGGGGCCGCCCAGCGCCCGCGCGCCGCGCGCGCGCGCCAGCACAGCGCGCGCUGCCGGGCCGCUUGCCGCUGGGCGCGCUGGCUGUGUUGCCGCCACCGCUGGCACAAGGUACGUCAGCCGCCGCCGCCGUCACGCCCGCCACACAGGCGCCGCUGGGCCGGCUGCCGCCGUACGCUUCGCCGCCGUCAGCCGUCAGCCGGCCACAGCGGGCUCGGUUCGUAUCGCCGCCGCCCGUCACCGCCGCUGCCAGCGGCAUACCGUCAGUCAGCCCGCAAUACCACGCCACCGGCCACAACAAUGCCACGCCACGCCACAACAGCGCCGUCAGGGCCAUCACGCCGCCGCCGCCGCCGCCGCCACCACGCCACCACGCCGCCGGCCCGCCCGCCGCCGCCGCCGCCACACAGGCCACGCCGCCACGCGCAGCGCAUGUACACAGCACGGCGCGGCGCGCACACACACAGCGCGCCGCUGCCGCUGCUGCUGCUGCUGCCACGGCCGCCAGCUGGCUAUUGCCGUUGUCAGGCUGUACGCUGCUGCCGCCGCCGUAGCGCCAUUACGCCACGCCGCUGGCUGCCGCUGCCACACGCCAGUACACACGCCGCCGCCAGGCAAUACACCGUCAGGGUAUGUAAGAACAGAAUAGCUUCGCCGUAGUACGUCACCACCGGUACGUAACACAAUGUACGCCAGGCGGUUGCCGCCACCGCCACCGCCGCCGCCACACACACAAGCCGCCAUCAGGUCACGCUGGGCCAGCGUAAUUGCCGCCGGGGCCGCCACGCCGCCGGUCAGAAGUCGUCAGGCCGGUCAGCCGCCGCCAGCUGCCGGCCGUGCCGCCGCCGCCGCCGCCGCCGCCGCCGCCGCGCUGCCGCCGCCGGCCGCCGUACGCCGCCGCGCCGCCCAUGCGCACAACGCGCAGGCGCGCCAUGCGCUGCUGCCAGCGUUACGGUUACGCAUUAGUUAAUACGCCACAAGGCCACGCUUCGCCGCUGGCCGCCACAUACGCCGCCGCCACGGCCGCCGCCACGCCGCCGCCGCCGCCGCCGCCGCUGCCGCCGCCGCCGCCGCCACAAUAAAGGGCUGCCGCCGGGCCAGCCGCCGCCGCCGCCCGCCGCUGGCCAGUCGGGCCGCGCGCUGCCGCUGCCGCCGCCGCCGCCAGCCGCCACGGGCGCGCGGCCAGCCGCCGUCAGUCACGUCAGGCCGGCUGGCGCCGCCGCCGCCACGCCGCCGCCGCCGCCGCCGCCGUUACCGCCGCCGCCACACAGUCAGCUGGCUGGCUACGCGUCAGCUCAGCUUCGGCCACGCCCAGCCGCCGCCGCCACAGCUGGCCGCCAGCCUGUGGCACGCCGCCGCCUGCCGCCGCCGCCUGCCGCCGCCGUCACGCCGCCACGCCGCCACCGCUCGUCAGCCGCGCCUUCGCCACCGCCCGCCGCCGCCGCCUUUCCACAAUACCGUCAGGCCACGCCAGUCAAUACGUCAGCCGCCGUCAAUACCGCCGCCGCGAAGCCGUCAGCACCGCCGGUCAGUACCGUCAGGCCAGUCACAGCGCGCCGCCAGGCCGCCGCGCCAGCCACGUCAGUUACGUACGGCUGGCCGCCGUUAAACAACGCUGAAUAGAAGCCGCCACGCCACCGCGCCGCCGCUGGCCGCCCGCCGCCACCGUCACGCCCGCCCGCUCAGCCGCCCGUCAGCCACCGUAACAGCUGGCGCGCCACAGCAGCCGCCAGGGCCGCCGGGCGUCGCCAGCCAGCUUCGCCGCCAGCCAGUUGCCAGCCGCGCUGGCCAGCGCCGCUUCGCUGUACAGCGCCGGGCCGCGCCGCUACCAGCGUUACCGCCGGCCGCUGCUGUACAUUUCACGCUGCCGCCAGCGCCGCCAGCCGCCGCGCCGCCGCCGCGGUAUCAUUGCCGCCGCCGCCACCAGCCGAAGCGCGUCACCGCCACAGCUGCCGCCGCCGCCGCGCCACGCCGCCGCCGCCGCCGUCAACACGCCGCCGCCGGCAGGGUCAGCCGCCGCCACACAGCCGCCGGUCACGCCUGGCCGCCGCCGCCGUGGCCUCAGCCGCCGUCAGGCCGCGCCACCGCCCAGCGCCGCCGCCGCCGCCGCCGCCGCCGCCACCGCCCGCCGCACGCCAUUACGCUGCGCGGUCAUCACCACGCCGCCGCCGCCGCCACGCCGCCACCGCCGCCGUCACGAACAGGCCGCCACGUCAUCAACAAAGGGCUUUCAAUACACGCCGCCGCCACCUGGGGUCAUUGCUGGGGCCGUCAGUCAGCCAGCCAGCAGAAGCCACGUCAGCGGACAACGCCGUCAACAACAACAAUAUCGCCGUCACGCCAGGCCGCCACCGCCUGGCCAGCCACGCAAUGCCGCCGCCGCCGGCCGCGCCGCCGCCGCCGCCAGCCGUCAGCCGCCGCCGCCGCCACGUCAGCCGCCGUACUGGCCACAAACACUACCGCGCUGGCCGCGCCUGCCACCAGCGCCGCCGCCGUCGCACGUCACAAAUGGGGCCCGCCGCCGCCGGUCAGCCGAACAGGCCGUCGCCAGCGCUGCACAGCCGCCGCCGAAGCCAGGCCGUCAGCCACGCCGUUACGUCUGCCGGCCGCCGCCGCCGCCGCCACGCCACACACCGCCGCCAGCCGCCGCCAGCGCGCCGCCAGCCGCCGCCGCCGCCGCGCCGCCGCCGCGCCAGUCGUACCGCCCGCACCGGCAGGCCAGGCGGCUACGCCGAAGGUAACAGGUUACCGUAUGCCGCACCGCCUGGGGUCACGCCGCCGGUCAACAGGUCACGGGCUGCCGAAGCCGCGCGCUCGUCACGCCACGCCGCCGCCGCCGCCAUUGCUGUACUGGCCACCGUCGCCGCUGGGCUGCCGCCGCCGUCAGGUACCGGAAUACCGCCGUCAGGUAACCGCCGUCACGCGCCUCAGUCAGCCGUCAGGCUGCCGUACAGCCGUCAGCCGCCGUUGCCGCCACCAGCCGUAAUGGUCAGCCGCCACGCCGCCGCGCGAGCCAGGCGCCGCCGCCGCCGCCACAGUCACCACAACAUCAGCCACGAGGGCCGCCGCCGCCGGCCGCCGCCGCCGCCACAGUCCUUUCAUACUGUCACGUUGCCGCCGUCAGCCGCCGCUGGCGCGCCGCUGCCGCCAACAGCCGCCGCUGGCCACACACGCUGUACCGCCAGCCACGUUGCUUUACGCCGCCGGGCUGGCUGCUGCCAGUCAGCGGCCGUGUGGCCGCCACACAGAUACGCCAGCCACGCCGUUGCCGUCAGCCAUGGCCGCCACCACAGCCGCUGCCGCUGUGCUGUGUCAGCCAGGCCGCCGCCGCCAGCGCCGCCGCCGCCGCCGCUGCUCGCCGCCGCCGGGCCGCCGCUGCCGCCAGCCGCCGGUGGCUGCCAGCGCGCCGCCAGUCAGCGCCGCCGCUUCCGCUCGCCGCCG